UAGACUACCUUCAUUACCUCCUAAGGUUUUCAAACAAAGAAGAAAGCUUUCAACGAAAUGGAAUGUGUAGAAGACAGAGAAGAGGAGAUUCUGAAUUUUAAAUGGAGAUUUACGAUGAAGAAAAAUAGGAGAUGGAGAAAAAAUUGAAAUAAUUUAGUUAGUAUGACAAAGAAAUUCCCCAUUGAGGUGUAUUUAAGAAUUUGUUGGAGGAGCUGCUACAAGUAAUAUGGGUAAUGGAGAGAAAUGAAAUCGUAAGGAUAAAGGAGAUGAAGUCAUGUGGAGAGAGCCAGCAAUGAGGAUGAGUGAGCUCUGCAGGAAAUUAGUAGUGUGUAUUGGUGCUUUGCCAGAAAUGUUCUUUAAAUGAACUAAGAAUUACUGUGAGACUGGACAUUAAGUAAGUCCUAGCUUAAUCGAAGAGCUGAGGGCCUGAAGCCCAGACCAGUGAUUUGGUUUCUAUCAUCUUCAGGCAGUGGUUGAAAGUCAGUCAAUCAAAUGAUUUUUCUGAGGACCUGUUAUGUGCAACACAUCAUACCAAGCAUUGAGGAAAGUAUAAUAGAAUUAGGAGUCGUGAUCUCUGUCCAAUAGGAGCUAAUAAUGUAGCAGGGAAGAUAGAUGAAUAGGAUGUAGAAAAAGUGAAUAGGGGUUAGUGCUUAUCUAAAAUUAGUUCUUACAUAAUUGUGUAUGCAAGCUAUGUAACAGGUAUGAAGAGUAAUUGAUUGCUGCAAUUGAUUGAAGUGGUAGUUGGAGCAGUCUUAUAUUGUACAUUCCAAGCUUUUAGUACACUGCUCUGCACAUAGUAAGCAUUCAAUAAAUACUAUUGAAUUAUGAGCCCCAUGUGGGCCAGGAACUAGGUUCCCUCUUCUUAUCUUUAUCUAGCCAGGAGGAUGGCACAUUGCUGGGAACAUAGUAAGUGCUUAACGUUAUUAUUCUCAUUGUUAUUAUUAUUAUUAUAAUUAUCAUCAUCAUUAUAUGGGUAGAUGACAAACUGACGAGAGAAAGAUCUUCUGACUGAGUCCUUAUGGACAAGAUGUGAUUUCAGAAGGGCUCUAAAGAUAGAGGGCAACGUGAUCUGGCCAAUUUGAUGGGGAAGGGAUUUCCAGACAAAAGGGGUCUUCAAAAGCUCUUCAUGUUCUCCAGUCUUUCCAAUCUUUGGUUUCUACAGGAAUUCUACUCCUACGGGCCUCCCAACGCUACAGUGUUGAUGGUGUAGUUCAUUUUCUUCCCACAUAACAGGAGGACAGUAAAUGGCCAACGGAAAUCGCACCGUUCUGAGUGAAUUCAUUCUGUCUGGAUUAACAAGUGAUCCACAGUUACGGAUCCCCCUCUUCAUGCUGUUCCUCCUCAUCUAUAUGGUCACUCUUCUGGGGAAUCUGCUCAUCGUUUUAAUCAUUAGAGUCAGUUCGCAACUUCACACGCCCAUGUACUUUUUCCUUAGCCACCUGUCUUUCUCUGACUCGUGUUAUUCAUCGUCCGUCACCCCUAAGAUGCUGGCAAAUUUCUUAUUGGACAAGAAAACCAUUUCUUACCCAGAAUGUGUGGCGCAGUUCUGUGUUGCGGCUACAUUUGGAGUAGUGGAGUAUUGCCUUCUGGCAGUGAUGGCUUAUGAUCGAUACGUAGCCAUCUGUAAACCCCUCUUAUACAUAGUCUGCAUGCCUCAGAGGCUGUGUGCUUCACUGGUUACUGCUUCCUACCUGGCCAGCUGCCUGAAUACUGUGGUCUACACAGCUAAUGUAUUUAGUUUGACGUUCUGCGGACCUCCUGAAAUUAAUCACUUCUACUGUGACGUCCCCCCUUUGUUGAAGCUGUCCUGUUCGGACCCCGGGCUUGCCCAAGUCCUUCCUGCUGCAACCAUGGCCGUCAUUAUGCUGGUUACGGUGCUGACGACACUGAUAUCUUAUGUGUACAUCCUGCCGGCUAUUCUUAAAAUACAGUCCUCUGGAGGAAGGCAAAAAGCCUUCUUCACCUGCUCCUCUCACCUAAUGACAGUCACUUUAUUCUACGGUACGACAAUGUUUAUUUAUCUGCUGCCCAGUUCUAGCUUCUCAAUGGAUCAGAAAAAGCUGGUGUCCGUGUGCUAUAUGAUAUUGAUUCCCAUGCUGAACCCAAUGAUCUAUAGUCUGAGGAACAAAGAGGUGAAAGAUGCCCUGUGGAAGGUUCUGGUCAGGGAACGUAUCGGUUAA